GACCAAACCCUAACUUCACAAAUCCUCCAAAAACAGAAGGAAAUUUAGAGUUUUAGUGGAUGCAUGAACCCUAAUUCGAGUAAUCUAAGCUUGUCCAACCCUUGGCGUUAAAGAAGAAAGUUCGAGUCAAGUGAAGCAACAAGGGGAUCAAGACCGAGAUGACGGAUACGAAUGAGGAUGAAGCGACACGACAAGAACAGCUGAAAACUAUGAUCUCGGAAGAGAUUGGAAGGGCAAUGCAAGCAAGUAUUCCUCAUUUAGCCCAAGAAGUAGAAGGUCAUGUGCUAGAAGUGGUAGAAUCCAUGAUGGAGAGUAAGAUAGACGAGUUAAAAGGAAUGAUUAAUGCAAUGCAAGAAAGGAAAGGAACUCGCAAGUGCACUUACAAAGAAUUUAUGGCGUGCAACCCGUUACCAUUCAAAGGAGAAAUUGAUCCUAUAAUAUGUCAAAGGUGGAUUGCAAGUACGGAAGCGGUGUUCAUAAGGAGUCAUUGUGAAAAGGAGGAUCAAGUGAUGUUCGCCACCGGUUUGCUACAACUCCGAGCUAAGGAUUGGUGGGAUGUUUAUAGUAAAGAGCUUGGGGAAGAAAAAGUUCAAGUCUUGACAUGGCAAGAGUUCAAGGAACCUUUUCUGAAGCACCACUGUCCACAAUCUGCCAUCGAUAAGAUCCAAGAAGAUUUCUUACAUCUUCGUCAGAAAGAUGAAACCAUUGAUGAAAUCACCAACGUUUUCCUUGACAAGCUGAAGUUCUGUAACGAUAUAGCAGGAACGGAGAGAAUGAAGAUAAACCGUUAUUACGGUAUGUUGAAGGCUGAAUAUCGGGAGUUCAUAAUUCCCGCUAAAUGUGAAACUUUGAAUGAGCUCAUUGAACUGGCCCGAGAUAGGGAGAUUGAAAUAAGAAGACAGGCAGAAAGAGGCGAAAAGAGAGUAUCUGAAAAUGUUUCCAGCUCGAGCCCUUCAAAGAAACCAAAAUUUCAAGAUCAAGGCAAGAAGGAUAAGGCGAAGGGUAGUAUUCCGAAAUGCAAAACGUGCGGGAAGUUACACACGGGGGAGUGUUUGAAAGGGAAGAAGGGUUGUUACAAUUGUGGUCAAGAGGGACACCCAUACUAUAGGUGUCCUAAUCCUUCAAGAACGUGUUACAACUGUUUCCAACCGGGUCAUAUUAAGGCUGAGUGUCCCAAGCUUCAACAGAAAACUGAUAAGGAGGCAAGAAAGGAGGAAGCCCCAAGAGCUAAGGGGAGGAUGUUUCAGAUCACAACCGAGGAAGCGAAGGACCACCCGAAUGUUGUAUCAGGUAUAUUCUCAUUGAACUCGAUGCCUACGUAUGUGUUAUUUGAUACCGGUGCCAGUAGAUCGUUUGUAUCAAGUGAAUUAGUGUCACACCCCUCCUUUAAAAUCGAAAGACUACGUGUACCAUUAGAAGUAGAAAUAGCCGAUAGUAAGAGUUACUUGUUGCACGAAGUUUGUAGAGAUUGUGAAAUAAUCAUUGAAGACGAGAAGUUUGCUAUUGACCUUAUUCCCAUGAUAUUGGGGGAAUUUAAGGUUAUAGUUGGCAUGGAUUGGCUAGCUAAACAUCAGGCCGAAAUUCAAUGUGAGAAGAAGGUAAUUCAUGUGUUAACAUCGGAAGGAAAACGAGUAAGCAUACAAGGGGAAAGGAAUAUCAAUUCGAAGCUUUGUUCUAUAGUCCAAGCAUACAAGUACGUACGAAAUGGAAGCAAGGCAUUUCUAACUUACGUGGUGGAUACUAAGCAGAAUACCCCUAAGAUAGAAGAGGUUGAAGUUGUGAAUGAGUUUCUUGAUGUUUUUCCGGAAGAUUUACCGGGGCUUCCACCAGAACGCGAAGUGGAUUUCAAGAUCGAAUUGUACCCUGAUGCCAAACCCGUAGCCAAGGCCCCUUAUAGGCUGGCCUCAACAGAAAUGCGGGAGCUAAUGGUACAAAUACAAGAAUUGCUCGACAAGGGAUUUAUACGCCCGAACCCGUCAAAGGUGGAAGCCGUUAUGAAGUGGAUACCUCCCAAGAACCCAAGUGAGGUAAGAAGCUUUUUGGGUUUAGCAGGCUAUUAUAGGAGGUUUAUCGAAGACUUUUCUAAAUUGGCCUUGCCGUUGACCAAGUUAACCAAGAAGGAUGAGAAGUUUUCGUGGGGUGCAGAUCAAGAAAGGGCGUUUCAAACCUUGAAAGAAAAGCUGUCGAGUUCCCCGGUACUAACCUUACCAGAUGGAACGGAAGACUUGGUGGUGUUUACGAAUGCGUCACACCAAGGGUUGGGAUGUGUUUUGAUGCAAAGGGGUAGAGUCAUUGCCUAUGCUUCUAGGCAAUUGAAGACACACGAAAGUAAUUACCCAACCCAUGAUUUGGAGUUAGCUGCAGUAGUAUUUGCUAUGAAGAUAUGGAGGCACUAUCUUUACGCUAACGUAGUAGCCGAUGCCCUGAGCCGAAAGGAUUACCCGCCUCCAAUUCAAGUUAAGUCCAUGAAGAUGGUAAUUACACCUCGAUUUCUCGAAAUGGUUAAAGAAGCCCAAAUCAAGUCACUAAGCGGAAUGGAUUCUAAAAAGGAAAGAACAAAGGGGUUUGUGGAUAAAUUCGAAGAAAGAUCCGAUGGGAUUAAAACCAUGUAUGGUCGCAUUUGGAUACCCCGGUUUAGCAAAGCAAAGGGUGCAUUACUCGAAGAAGCUCACAAAUCCCGAUUCUCGGUUCAUCCUGGAGCUACAAAAAUGUAUUUGGACUUGAAGAAAAGUUAUUGGUGGCCCGGCAUGAAGCGUGACAUUGUCAAGUAUGUUGCCAAAUGUUUGACAUGUCUGCAGGUAAAGGCAGAACAUCAGAAACCAUAUGGGAAGUUACAACCGUUAGAGAUUCCGGUAUGGAAAUGGGAAGAAUUGACGAUGGACCUAGUGACCAAGCUUCCUAAGACAAGGAAAGGUCACGAUGCUAUAUGGGUGAUCGUAGACCGCCUCACCAAGAGCGCGCACUUCUUACCCAUUCGGGAAGCUUUCUCCUCCGAAAAGAUGGCGGAGAUCUAUGUUAACGAGAUAAUAUCACGACACGGAGUUCCUGUAUCUAUUGUGUCGGAUCGAGAUACCCGAUUCACAUCUCGAUAUUGGCAAGGUUUUCAUGAAAGUAUGGGUACAAAAUUACAUUUCAGUACCGCUUACCACCCCCAAACGGAUGGUCAGUCCGAGCGGACUAUUCAAACACUUAUCGACAUGCUGCGGGCAUGUGUGAUAGACUUCGGGGGAAGCUGGGAUGACCACUUGCCGUUGGUGGAAUUUUCAUACAACAACAGCUACCACAACGGCAUUCGAAUGGCACCGUAUGAAUUGUUGUAUGGAAGAAAGUGUAGAACUCCAAUUUGUUGGGGAGAGGUGGGACAGAGAGAAAUUGCACCCAACGAGGUGGUGGCUAAAACUAACGAGAAGAUCGAUCUUGUGCGAGCCCGUUUAAAAGCGGCUCAAGAUCGACAAAAGGCCUAUGCAGAUCAAAGGAGGCGACCCAUCGAAUUUCAAAUAGGUGAUUAUGUGUUAUUAAAGGUUUCCCCAUGGAAAGGUAUAAUCCGUUUCCGUAAGCGAGGAAAACUAGGUCCCCGCUACAUAGGACCUUUCAAGAUUGUGGCCCGGGUUGGGGAGGUAGCAUAUCGGUUGGAAUUACCGCCAACUUUGGAUGGAAUACAUGACACAUUCCAUGUGUCACAAUUGAGAAAGUGUUUAGCGGAUGAGACGACAUAUGUGCCCCUUGACGAUAUUGAGUUGGAUGAAAAGUUGAAUUAUAUUGAGAGGCCGAUAGCUAUCAAGGAUUCCAAGGUAACGCCCCUUCGGAACAAAACCAUAAAGCAAGUCUUGGUGCAAUGGCAACAUCGGAAAGGAUCAGACCUUACGUGGGAGCUAGAAGAUGAGAUGAGGAAGCUUUACCCGACAUUAUUUGGUACGUAUUAA